AUGUACACCCUUACCUUCUGGCUCACUCCGGUGCUCCCGAAGUGGACUGCAGGCAGACGAGGUGAUCUGCGGGAUAUUUGGAAAGCUGCAGUCCGUGGCGCUCUCAAGGAAGAUGGCACACCCUCAAACCAACAAGGCAAAAUCUACACUGUGCUCGGUAGGAAGGCGAUCGAAAGCUCGCUAUCGCAGAUCACCCAAGAAAUCAACGUGAUCGGCCAUCACUUUCAAGAUACCAAGGUGAAAACCGUAGCUAUCAGUCUGACUGAUUCGGUCGAGCUUCUGGCAGCUAUCUUUGCUGGUGCAUUCUACGGUUUCAAGACGCUCAGGCCGAUGCUCUCAUUGCAAGAGGCAGGCUCCCUCGAUCUCUCGGCAGCAACAAAGGGAAACAAGAAGCUGACACAGGUUUUGUGGGUCGCAAAAUAUGGCAACCGCCACAUGGAUUGGCAUGAAGUCCCAGAUGAGUUAAAAGGUGGCAUGGAAGUUGAGGUCUGGCAUGAGCUUGUAGAAAGCAAAAAGGAUCUUGCUGGGCUUGAUAUUCCUGAGUAUGAUGCCAGCCAACCAACCCCCGGCCUCAGCACCGUUUGGCCUUCUGAGACGCAGUCUGGCAAGUUCAUUGAUUUCGAACCGGAGAAUAUCAUCGCCGGUAUCAGUUCUCUAGGCUCUGUGCUGCCUCGAAGCCAACGCUUCAACCCGUCGGACCUUGUGCUGUCGAUCGACUCCCUUUCGCGCUCGUACCCGCUCUGCCAGAUCAUGAGUGCCUUAUUCUCUAACGCCUCAAUUGCAUUGAACUCAGUCGCGGGAGAAGACGUGGAUUUUGCCUUGGCUACGGUUGGAGUGUCGCCCACCGUCAUCAUCGCGUCUUCUCGCACUAUGUCCAAAUACCAUGAGAAGAUUAUGGCGCCACAGGCUGGUCUUUUUUCAUCGCUUGGCCGCUGGGUGCAGUCCAGAUCUUUAGACUCUGGAAAUAUGCCUUCGAAGGGAUUUUUCAGUCAGCUUGCCAAAAUUGGGCCAACUGCGGAGUUGUCCCUGGACAACCUGCGCUUGCUUUGCAUUUCUCACAGGAUUGAUGACGAUUCUAGCGUCCGUCUAUCUUCCCAGCAGCUGAAUGAUCUUCGUAUCUUCACUAAUGCCCGUAUUGUCUAUGCUCUGACUGGGCCCGGAGUUGCGGGUGCGAUUGCGCAGACGAAUGUCUUCGACUACAGACUGCUCGACGGCCCCAGUCACUUUGGUUCUCCUCUCAGCAGCACCGAAGCCACCUUGGUCGAUGUUCCCGAAAGCAAAGCGUCCGACACUCCCGAGGGCAAGCUUGUUGUGGAAGGCCCUGCUGUGGUUGGUGAGAAGACUAUGAUUCCGGUCCAGGUUCGCUUCGGGCUAGACAACACUCUGGAACUGCGGUCUUCAGAAUAA